AUGCUGAGCAGGUUGAUGAGCGGCAGCAGCAGGAGCCUGGAGCGCGAGUACAGCUGCACCGUGCGGCUGCUGGACGACAGCGAGUACACCUGCACCAUCCAGAGAGAUGCCAAAGGCCAGUACCUGUUUGACCUUCUUUGCCACCACCUGAACCUUCUUGAGAAAGACUAUUUUGGGAUCCGCUUUGUGGACCCAGAUAAGCAGCGGCAUUGGUUGGAGUUCACAAAGUCUGUGGUGAAGCAAUUGAGAUCGCAGCCUCCGUUCACCAUGUGUUUCCGCGUGAAGUUUUACCCUGCAGAUCCUGCUGCGCUGAAAGAAGAAAUAACCAGGUAUUUAGUCUUCCUACAGAUCAAAAGGGAUCUCUACCAUGGCCGUCUCCUCUGUAAAACAUCAGAUGCUGCCUUGUUAGCAGCUUAUAUCCUUCAAGCGGAGAUUGGGGAUUAUGACCCAGGGAAACACCCUGAAGGCUACAGCUCCAAGUUCCAGUUUUUCCCGAAACAUUCAGAGAAGCUGGAAAGGAAAAUUGCUGAGAUUCACAAGACAGAACUCAGUGGUCAAACACCAGCAACAUCAGAGCUGAACUUUUUAAGAAAAGCACAGACAUUGGAGACGUAUGGAGUGGACCCUCACCCAUGUAAGGAUGUGUCAGGAAAUGCUGCAUUUCUGGCCUUCACUCCUUUUGGGUUUGUCGUUCUGCAAGGAAACAAGAGGGUCCACUUCAUUAAAUGGAAUGAGGUGACCAAGCUGAAAUUUGAAGGAAAGACUUUCUAUUUAUACGUAAGUCAGAAAGAGGAAAAGAAAAUUAUUCUCACAUAUUUUGCUCCAACUCCAGAAGCAUGCAAGCACCUUUGGAAAUGUGGAAUCGAGAACCAAGCCUUCUACAAGCUGGAGAAGUCAAGCCAAGUCCGCACAGUGUCCAGCAGCAAUUUAUUCUUUAAAGGGAGCCGGUUUCGAUACAGUGGCCGAGUUGCAAAGGAAGUAAUGGAGUCGAGUGCAAAGAUCAAACGGGAGCCACCAGAAAUACACAGAGCAGGGAUGGUUCCCAGCCGCAGCUGUCCCUCCAUAACCCAUGGCCCAAGGCUGAGCAGUGUCCCUAGGACCCGGAGAAGAGCUGUUCACAUCUCCAUCAUGGAAGGCCUCGAGUCCCUCCGGGACAGUGCCCAUUCCACGCCAGUGCGUUCCUCCUCCCACGGGGACACCUUCCUGCCUCAUGUGAGAAGCAGCCGGGCAGAUAGCAAUGAGCGAGUCGCCGUGAUUGCAGACGAAGCCUACAGUCCUGCAGACAGUGUGCUGCCCACCCCUGUGGCUGAGCACAGCCUGGAGCUGAUGUUGCUUUCCCGGCAGAUCAAUGGGGCCACCUGCAGCAUCGAAGAAGAGAAGGAGUCUGAAGCCAGCACUCCAACAGCUACAGAGGUGGAGGCCCUUGGGGGAGAGCUGAGGGCCCUGUGUCAGGGGCACGGCAGGCCAGAGGAGGAACAGGUGAAUAAGUUUGUUUUAAGUGUCCUCCGUUUGCUCCUUGUGACCAUGGGACUCCUCUUUGUUUUGCUCCUCCUCCUGAUCAUCCUUACCGAGUCUGACCUUGACAUUGCCUUUUUCCGCGAUAUCCGCCAGACCCCCGAGUUUGAACAAUUCCACUAUCAAUACUUUUGUCCCCUCAGGCGAUGGUUUGCCUGCAAAAUCCGCUCAGUGGUGAGCCUGCUCAUUGACACCUGAGAAGGCAUGACUCCUCCCAAUAACUAGCCAGGUGGACCAAGGAGCCCGGCUACCCAUUCCCAGCAAUGGGACCCAUCGCGGAACCAUCGGCACAUGUACCAAGUCCUCCUCUCAUGACUCAAAGUCCACAGCCUAGGAGGGUCAUUUCCCAGAAGAAAAAGAGGAUAGGCUCAUGCCCUAUCUAAACAAACUGGGAAAACUCAUUUCCUUCAGAGGUUCUUUCAAGAAAGGCUCAGCGACUCUGUUUCUCAUCCUCCCGAUUUGCAGGAUAAUUUUUGGUUUUGAAUUUUGAUUUUUCAUAGAUGUGUAUUAUUUUGAAAGUAUCAAAUAAAAAUAAUUUAUUUUACUAUUACGGAUUAUCGCAGUAGUGUCACCUAGCAGAUGGGACACUAGUUGAAGACUAGAGAGCUGUCGUCUUCUGUAUUGUGCGGGAGCUUUCCUACUGGGCUCCAGUAGGCUCAUCAGUGCAGCCUCAGCAGCACAGGCCAGGGGUCUGGACAAUGGGAACUAUCUGUAGGUUUUCCUGCCAGACGAGAUUUGAAAAAAGUAAACAUCCAUGUAGAAUGAUUAAAUGGAAAGUUGCUUCUUAUGAUGGUCUGAGUUGGAUUUUCUUUUCCUUUUGUUUUUUUCAAAUCUGAGCAGAGUGGGCAUCUGAAGGGACCACCGCUACCGCAGCAGCAGCAGCAGGGGUGGGGUAAGUCUGUCCCCUUAGACUAGAGAUCCUAGUGGGCAUCGCCAUGAGUUUUAUAUAAUGAACUUAGACUUCUGUGAUUUUUUUUUUUUCCUGAAGAACCUCAAGAUUUUUAUAGUGCUUCAGAGACAUUAGUUGAAUUCAGUGGUGCCUGAGAUAAGACUGUCAGAAAUGUCGGACAAAGUGUAGUUAACAGAAACGAGAACUUAGGUACCUAAGAAACUGUUGAGAUUCAGAGAGCAGUACCUAUUUUGUACCCCCCCCAAAAAAAAACUAUUUCAAUUUAUAUUUUAACAAGAUGUUAUUUUCUUAUCAAUUCAUAUUUUGUUUUUACUUUAUGGAUUAAGAAAAUAGAGCCUGAUGAACUAAAUGAUGCAAGAAAGAAACUAAUCUUGAGAAUGAAAAGCUUCAGAAAAGAGAAUUCCAAGAUCAACAAAGAGCCUUGGAAGGGACCAAGAAAAGGAUUUCUUUAAAUAGGCAUACUAAAAGAUGCCUACAAAAGAAAGAAAGCGAACGUGGCAGAAACCAACAAUUAGAUGUAGAAAUACUGCCCCCUAGGGUCAUCCUCUGCAUCAGGAAAAUAAGAGUUGUAGGAAAGUAUUUGCCAUUCUUGCUGAGGGAAGCUGUGGAAGCAUGCAAAGCAUAGCAUGUGAAGGGUGAGUGUGGGGUCCAAAGCCCAAGCUCUGCAACUCUUAACAACCACUCACAUACAAGAUCUCGUUUUCAUCUCAGGGAGAGAUUUCUAAGUCAUCUGGGGCCUGAGGACUUAUUUAAGGAUAGUCCGUAGACAUAUUCCUGGGACCCACACAAUAGUGGAGUGGCUGCUAACAUCACGUGAUGUUGGGCAGCCCCAAAUGCAGAACAGGAUGAGUCACUUGAAGAUUUGCUCUCCCCUAAUUUGUCCCCUGAAAUAGCAGAAUCAUGUCCAUGUACAGAGUAUAACAGACAUGGAAUUGACAGGGGGUGCAGGGUGGGGGGAGUGGAUUGUACAAUUCUAAAUGCCCUUUCAUCUAGACCAGGGGUUGGCAAACUUCUUCUGUAAAGUGUCAGAUAGUACAUAUUUUUUUUAUUUUGGUUUUGUGGGCCAUACUCUGUGGCAACUACUCAACUCUGCCAUCAUAGCACAAAAACAGCCAUAGGUAAUACAUAAACAAGGGAACAUGGCUGUGUUCUAUAACAGUUUAUUUUUAAAAAGACAGCUGAAUUUGGACCACAGGCCAUAAUUUGCCAACCCCAAUCUAGAUAAUAAAACUGCUCCUUACCAGUAUGUUAGCAGAAAGGGGGUUGGCUCUGCUCCCAUUCCUGACUUGCUAAAGGCCCAGGACCAUUUCCCAGUGGAGGCACUGGGGUUGCUUGUUUAAAGGGUGCUUGAACAACCAACCAGCAAAGAGGUAACUGAUGCCAAGAUGAGCAAGAUCAAGUGUUUAAAUGCUAAAACUCCACCAGAAGCUAAGAAUGGAAGAGGAAUGUCUGAUCAUUUCCAUACCAGCGACAAUUAGAGCAGAAUUACAAACAUCUAUUUACCAAGUGACAAGACAAACUGAAGGAGAUCCUAGUAAAACUUAGGGAUCACUUAGAACCAACUAUCCACUGCCACUUGUCAUCUACACAGGAAGGCUUUAUUUAGCACAGGACUGAAGUGAAAAGUAGACUCAGAGAUGAAAAGGCUGUCAGGAGAUAGGGGGCUGGUUUUAACCUGGAUAUCUACUGUCUUAUGCAACAUAGCAGAUUACCUUUUAGUGUAGUGUUCCUACCUCAGUCUGUAGAAUAUGGUGUUUCUAUGCAGUGAGUGAUAACCUUGACAGUGACCUUUCAUAUUCACAUUAAAGAGAGAUACAAUAUUCCAUUUCCUGGUAUGUUACUUGUGUCUAGAGUUCUAACAGUACAAUAGUCCAUACCACUUCCAACAGCUGGAUUUUGCUCUCUGAACAGAAACUUUUGGGUUAUUUUUUUCCAGGGCUUACCCCACAAAAUACAGAUAGUAAAAUCUCCUUCAAUUUGCUUUUCAAGUAGUGCUUGAAUAACAAACCUCCUUUGUUGGUGACUAGUCUUUUUGGUAUCGCCCCAUCGUUAAACAUUGUUCAGAUUUUUAACCUGGUUUUACUGUGUUCCACUAUGUCUCCCAUUUUCUCUCAAAAUUAGUUUGAUCUCAUUGUAGAAAAAAACAAUGGAUUCCAUAGCUUCAUCCAUCAGAGGAAAUAAAACUCUUACUAAAGAAUAGUGUACUGCAUCUUUAAGCAGUAGAAGGUAAACUACCUGCAAAUGUGAAUUUCUUAGUUUCAUUAAAAAGUAUAGUUGUAAACCUUUCGUGUGCCAAAAAUUCUAAGUUAUACUUUCCUUCAAAGCAAUGUACUUUUUUCUACAUAUGCAGUAUGUAGUUAGCAUAAAAUCAUUGGUGCCAUGAAAAUUAUUUUUAAACUUAAAUAAAUAUUUAAAUAUCA